GUCAUAGUAUCUUUCGCACCUUGCUCUACCAUUAGGUUUUGUUAUAUAAAAGCAUUAGACGAUAAAAUGCAUUCAUUUCAAUUAUUAGUGAUUAGUCUUCAACUUUUAUUUCUAACCUAUACAACGCGAACUUGUGAUUACAUUUCCUUGAAGUCCAAGUAUUGGCUAAUAGAGAGCGUAAUUGUGAUGAAAAGGAAAUGGCGCGAUACAUGUUUUCGCGCGCAUCAGGCGCGCACUGAGCUGGUAAAGUGGGAUGAUGUGUCGAUGAUUUUUCUUGUGAUAAUCGCGACACUGCCCUUAAAAUUAUGAAUUCAGCAGAAACUGAAUUCAUUGCUGAAAAAGAACUAGUUAGCAUUGUUCCGAACUUUAACUAUGAAGUGAUAUAUUUAAUAUCUGGCGACAUUGGUCCUUUUCGAGCAGGUUUGCCUGUGAAAGUUCCUAUUUGGCUAGCAAUGAGUUUGAAACGAAGGCAGAAAUGUAGAAUUGUUCCUCCUAGAUGGAUGAACGUUGAAGAUUUGGAAGAAGUAAAGAAACAAGAAUUAAAUGAAAGGUUUUUCACGAAAAUGCCUAGUGAACAUUAUAUGGUUGAAGCUCAUCUAUUGCUUUCUGUUGCUGCAGAUGAUAUUCCUCGAUGUGAACAGAUCCGAACUAUUUUGAAGGAUAUCUGGGAUAUUCGUAUGUCCAAACUGCGUUCAUCUGUGGAUCAAAUUAUUAAAACAAAUGCUAUUCAUGCAAGGCUGGAUCACCUUACUCUGAUGGAAAUAAAUAGUAUAAGACCUUUACUACCUCAUGCAUUAGAUCAGCUCUUCAGAUUACAGAAUGGCAGAGGACCUUCCCAAGCAUCGGGUUCCCAAGCUUUUACCCAGUGAGGGUGGCCCAUGAUGUAGAUGCAAAAUUACUUCUUUUUAAUUAUAUUUUAUAUUGUUUUUAUUUUAAUAAUUUGUAUAUUAUUAGUAACAUUGUUUUAUUCAGAAAAGUGAAUCCUGUUGAUUGCAUUAAUUGAAUGAUUUGUGAAUAUGAGUAAUGACAACGGGGAUGUUUGAUGGGAACUAGACUGUAAGGUUUUGAUAUGCUUUUAGCAACAAAAAAAAAUGUACAGUAUUUUUAAUUGUGUAUUUUUACAUGUAUUUAAUAAAAACUGAUAAACAUACAA